AUGCAUUCAUCGUCUUGUUCGGUCAACUCUUCAAUUCGUGACUUAUAUGGCUGUGGAGAAUCAAACUGGGCGGACAUAGUAUCGGUUUCCGAAUCGCUAUCUCCACCGUCUACUAUGAAUUCAGAUGUGGAACCUUCACACGAGUUGUCCGCAUGAUCCAAUUCUUGAAUGCGUCCCUUCAUUGUUGGAUCAUCGAAUGGAUCUUUAAUCACUGGCAACGGCCGCCAAACGACGAGUUCGUGGCCUUGAAUGACGCCCCUUGUCGGUAAGUUAAGGUCAUUCGUUUGCUUCAUACGCUCUAUAUAGCGUUGAAGACAUUCAUUGAGAAAUAACUGAUUCGAAUCCUCAUUCGGUUCUUCCACUAUCCCUUCUGAAGAGCUGUCUCCGGUAAAAUCGUCAUUAGCAAGCCAAUCAUCGUCAUCUUCUUCGGAGUCUGAUGUAUCCAUUUCGGGUUGCCUAUUGGAUUCAUCGUCACCCGAAAUACUAAAUCUUUCGAACUUCGCGUUGACCUUUUCGAAUCUUCUCUUGGCUCUAGGCGCUUCAUCAUCAUCCUGGAAAUUCGUGCAAUCUCAUGAAAACUUCGAAUUCAGUGUUGACUAUUGA